CAUCCAGAGCCGAACGAGCUGAAGCGAGGUAUCAAUCAGCGAUUUGCACUAGAGGGUGGCUGCACCAUCAAAUCGCUUCAUAUCUGCGAUCUGCGCUUUUGUUUAAAAUCCGGGUCUAUCUAUACAACACGUUGCCUGGAUUUGAUCUUGUAAACUUAGUACACCUAAUGUGAGAGAGUGGCAAAGAAUACGGAAUCUCAAAUAAAAGAGAUGGGAGCCUUUGGGGUAAUAGUAGGGACUUUACAUUACAUGGGACUCUACAUCCAACUUAGUGCCUCCACAAGGCAAGGUGGACAUGCAGAGGUAGAGAACCACAUCUCCGGGAACGCUGUGUUCACAGAGGUCCCCCAUGACAUCACAGCACAGAGUGGCCAGGACGUGGAGAUGGCGUGCUCCUUCCGGGGGGCAGGCCCCUCCUACUCCCUGGAGAUCCAGUGGUGGUACAUCAGGAACCACAGAGACUGGACAGAGAAACAGCCCUGGACCUCCAAUCAGGUUGUACCCCAGGACGAGAGGUCAAAGGAUGCUACCAAAAUAAGUGUGGUAAAGGUUGCUGGGAGCAACAUCUCCCACAAGUUGCGUCUGUCCAGCGUGAAGCCGUCUGACGAGGGCACGUACGAGUGCCGCGUGAUCGACUUCAGCGACACCGAUAGCAAUGCCCGCCACCACAAGGUGAGGGCCUACCUACAGGUGGAGCCAGAGAGCAACCAUAACCCGGCGCUGCGCCACCAUGGGGCCAACUUUCAAACCAAGGACACCAAGGUUCUGGCAGGCAGCGGCCACCAGCCGGAGCAUGGCAAGCACUCGCCAGCAGCCCACCACAGCCACCACAAACCAACAGGCACUGGCAGGGAGCUGAGGAAGAGGUCUGCUGAGGAUGACAGCGCUACUGACUGCACUGACAGCUGUCCUCUAGGCCUCACAGCUCACCCAUAACCUCCCUAAUCUGCUCUGGCCUCAGCUCCAAGCUCCAACCUUGUCCUACACCCCAGACGGGCAAGUCCAGUCCUGGAGGACCACAGUGUGUAGAGACUUUUGAUUCAACCACCCCAGCUGUAACAUACAUGAUUAAACUAAAGUCUCUGUACACACCGCUUCCCCUGUUGCGUACCCCUGCCCUCUGCCCAACAUGCACACACCAAAUGGACUCUGGUGCCACCCCAGUCCUAUACCUUGGCCUCUCUCAUCUCCCCUUACACUGCCCUAACGCAACAAUGUCCCACCAAAAACACCUCAGCUCCACUCCCAGUCCCAGCCCCCUCUUUCUAUAUCACAACCCUCUAGAUCAGGGGUGUCAAAGUCAUUUUUCCCCGGGGGCCACAUUCCAUUUUCAACGAGGUCCAGAGGGCAGCACUGAAAAUUGGUUACAUUUCCUCACCGUCAAAAUUAGCUAAAAACUGUCCUAUAUCCAUAGUUUUGGGAAUUUAUGACGCUCCCUGACUCUCUAGCUUUUAUUUCUGUGAAUAUCAGCGAGCUGGACCUAGUCAAGAAACUGUAUGAAUGUUGAUACAUUAUAAUUUUUACACAGUUUUGAUUUGGUUUUAGUCAUUUUAAAGUAUAUUGACUUUGCCCCCCCCAAAUAUCUUUAAAUCCACCUCGCAGGCCGGAUUGGACCACCUCGCGGGCCGGAUCCGGGCCGUAUGUUUGACACCCCUACUCUAGAUGGUCUACACUCUAUAGAUUACUGUAUAAAAUGACGAAGUGAGUGCAUGUUCAACAUGUUUUCUUAGAAUGUUUUUCAACCAUCCAUGAGGAAAUACAGUUUUAAGUUGGACAGUUCACUUAUUGCUUUGUUCAUUCAUUUUGGUUUGUUAAUAUCUUAAGUUACUCUCCGUUUCUAUGUUGCAUUUGAUUUAGCCAAAGUAAGAUAGAGAAUACUUGUUUAUUUUUCUCAGCAGUUCAUUUGCUGCCUCUCUAUGGGCAACUUCAUGGAGAAAUAGAAUUUGCUCACUUUAAUUUGGCCAAAGCUGCUUUGUUUGAUGAAAGGUUUCCUCUCAACCAGAUCUAAACCAAUGUUUAUCAAAUAAAACCUGUUUGUGGUGUUUUCUGCUUUCCCUACAGACUGAAUGUGGCAUUGUGAAAGACAUGGAUUAAAGGAACUGUUUCUAGCUCUUAACUUUGCUUUAAUGUUUUGUAAGAAAUCAUUAUAAAAAUGUAUAUUUUAGAAUUUCUUCUAGGUUGUUGGUCUCGCACUAAAUGUAUGCCUUUAUCAAAUUAAAUAAAUUGUACAUGAACCUA